CCUCUGUCUCUCUCUCUCUCUCCCAUGGGGCAAUCUGUCCCACAAGACAACAACCCUUCACACUGCACCUUUAUCAAUAACUUCAAUGUCCCUCCAGCACUGUUCUCACUGAUUUGUCCUCAAGCUGCCGCGCCUUGGCAACAAACAAUGCCUCACCUCACUUCUCAUUCUUCUCCUCUAACUUGCUCAUUGACCCUUUUCAUCGCCCUCAUACUCAUAUGCAGCCAGCUAAAUCGCUCUGCCGCAGCCGCAGCAGCCACAGCCGCCGCCAAUGCCACGAGCCGCCACCGCCAGAUGUCGUUUGGCUACUAUGCCAAGUCGUGCCCCCAGGUCGAGCAACUCGUCGGGGCGGUCACGAGCCAACAGUUCAAGGAAUCGCCGGUCUCCGGGCCGGCCACCAUCCGGCUCUUCUUCCAUGACUGCUUCGUUGAGGGAUGCGACGCGUCGAUAUUGAUAUCGAGCGAGCCGGGAAGCAAGGAGCUCGCCGAGAAGGACGCGAUUGACAACAAAGAUUUGAGGGCGGAGGGAUUCGAGACAAUCGCGAAAGCCAAGUCCUUGGUGGAAAACAAGUGCCCCGGGGUCGUUUCUUGUGCUGAUAUUCUUGCAAUCGCUGCCAGAGACUUCGUCCACCUGUCUGGCGGUCCGUAUUACCAAGUGAAGAAAGGGAGGUGGGACGGGAGGAUCUCAAUGGCCACAAAAGUGCCACCUAACCUCCCGCGAGCAAACUCGACCAUCGAUAAGCUCCUCAAGCUCUUCAACUCCAAGGGCCUAACCCUAGAGGACAUGGUGGUCCUCUCCGGUGCGCACACGAUUGGGUUCGCGCAUUGCGAGCAAUUCUUGAGCCGCCUCUACGACUACAAGGGCACAAAGCAACCCGACCCGAUGAUCGACCCAAGGCUCCUGAAGGCCUUGACGAUGUUGUGCCCGCACUUCGGGGGGAACAAGGACAUCAUCGCGCCAUUCGAUGUGACCACGCCGUUCGUGUUCGACCAUGCGUACUAUGCGAACCUCGAGGCCAAGCUAGGCCUGCUAGCCUCGGACCAGGCCUUGUUCUCAGACCCGAGGACAAGGCCCGUGGUGCAGGACUUGGCCAAGGAUAAGCAGAAGUUCUUUCAAGCUUUUGGAGCUGCGAUGGAGAAGAUGGGGUUGAUUGGGGUCAAGAGGGGGAGGAAGCAUGGGGAGAAGAGGAGAGAUUGUAACUUCCAUGGGUGAAUGUUAAUGCUUUUCUAUCUUUGUUUUCAAAUCUCUUAUUAUUGAUUCGAAAG